CUUUCGGUUUGUGUUUAUAAAGGCUGGUUGUACGGCCGCGUGUGUAUAUUGCGUCAGACGCAGUGGUAGGGAGAACUUGUCAUUCCGUGAGCUGCGGCUGUACAGGUCGACAACGUUCAAGUGAGUACCGUAAUGGCUGACGCUAAAGACUCCCUAGUCCAGGAUGAGGAUGAGGUCACCCCGUGGACUGUCCAGAGCGUUUCCCAGAAAGGCGUGGACUACAACAAGCUCAUAGACAAGUUUGGCAGCCUGAAAAUAACAGAGGACCUCAUCAAGAGAAUUGAACGUGUGACAGGGAAGAAACCACACCGCUUCCUCACCAGGGAAAUCUUCUUCUCACACAGAGAGCUGGGCCAAGUCCUGGACAUGUAUGAGAAGAAGCAGCCGUUCUACCUGUACACUGGCCGCGGACCGUCAUCAGAGGCCAUGCACCUGGGCCAUCUCAUACCAUUCAUCUUCACUAAAUGGCUACAGGAUACGUUCGACGUUCCGUUGGUGAUCCAGAUGACGGAUGACGAGAAGUUCCUGUGGAGGGACCUGGAACUUGAGGAGGCACAUCGCCUCGCGCAUGAGAACGCCAAGGACAUCAUCGCUUGUGGAUUUGAUCUUGACAAGACCUUCAUCUUCAGUGACCUUGAAUAUAUUGGAGGCUCCAUCGAGUUCUACAAGAACAUUUGUCGUGUGGAAAAGCUGGUGACGGUCAAUCAAGCCAAGGGAAUAUUUGGCUUCACAGACAGCGACUGUAUCGGUCAGAUCAGUUUCCCGGCCAUCCAGGCGGCGCCCAGCUUCAGCUCCUCUUUCCCACAGAUCUUCAACGGAAGGAGUGACGUUCCCUGCCUCAUCCCCUGUGCAAUAGAUCAGGACCCGUAUUUCCGGAUGACACGUGACGUAGCGCCCCGGAUGAAAUGCCACAAACCAGCCCUGGUUCACUCCGUUUUCUUUCCGGCUCUGAAGGGGGCUAAGGGGAAGAUGAGUGCCAGCGACCCAACAUCAUCUAUCUUCCUAACUGACUCUGACACGGAGAUUGCCGAAAAGGUUAAAAAGUACGCAUUUUCAGGCGGCAGGGACACAAAAGAGGAUCAGGAAAAACAUGGUGGUGACUGUUCCAUUGAUGUGUCCUACCAGUACCUCAGGUUCUUCCUGGAUGAUGAUGCUAAACUGAAGGCUAUCGAAGAGCGGUACAGCCGUGGGCAGAUGAUGACUGGAGAGCUGAAACAAGAGCUCAUCACAGUCCUUCAGACUCUGGUUGCCGGUCAUCGUGGACGACGUGCACAGGUUUCCGACGCCAUGGUGGACUACUACAUGACGCCCCGGAAACUCAAGUACAACUACACCGCCCCAUCUAAACCUCUGGGCACUUGCUGAGGAGAAACGCCAAAGCAGAUGGUGAAAGGUCACUGUCACUGAAUGCUGAGUUGAUAUAUUUCAGAAUAUGAUUGCUUCAGAUUUGCUGCUACAUUACUGAUGUGAGGCACAACGAUCUCGUCUUUUUCUUAUAACUUUUAAUACAUUAUUUUAUUGUCGAAUCAGUCUCAAAUAAUGUUCAAAAUAUAAAAAUAGAACUCCAUUUUCUUCUUUUCAUGAAAAUAAUCCCACUCCCCACCCCUACCAAUCUCACUGACCAGCCCACCGACCCACCCCUUUCCCUUUGAUAUGUGACCAGUCCAAUAUGAACAUUGAGCCGAUGGUAUAUAUGAAGCUAUUUUAGAUAAUGUCUUAGACAUUUGGCAAUGUUUGUAUUUCAUGCAAUGCAAUUAAGAACCAAUCGUGUUCACGUGCAAAUCAAAUACUGCUGGUUGACCGAUUGCCUACAUCCUAUUAUGAUGAUGAUGAUGAUGAUGAUGAUGACGAUGAUGACGAUGAUGAUGAAACAUAAAAUCAAGCUUACAUGGCUGACUAUUGCUCCGAGGGACAUGUCCCCAGUUCUACUCUCCUUGUUUUGCCCCACGUGCUGCACUAAUAAAAACAUACGUUCACGUUA